AUGGGUUUUGUGUUGGGUUUAUUUGUUUGCAGAGGUAGUAGGAAGGUAAGGGGUGAUGUGGAUCUUUGCAAGGAUAUUAGGGAGUUCUUGUCCAGUGCCGGACUUCCGGAAAAUCACGUGCCUACCACGAAGGAGCUUUCGGGCCAUGGAAGGCAAGACCUUGCAAAUGUAGUCAGGCGCAGAGGGUACAAGUUCAUUAGAAAUCUCCUUUCAACCUCAGCAACAGAAAAAGUCGUUGAAUCCAAUAUAGACACAGGUCAGAAUGUGAAGCAGGAAGUUUUCAUUGAUUUAUCGUCAAACGGGAGCAUCCAAGUGGAAGGCUUGCAUAGUUGCAUAGAAACAAAGGAAGAGCUCAAGUCAGAGUCAAAUGCUCUUUCUUUGCAGGAAAAGGUGGCUAAGUUCAUUCAGCAUGGGGAACUGGAUGCAAUUGAAGGUGAUGGAUUGGAUAUUAUAAAUGAAGUAGAAAAUGGGGAGAAUAUUAAAUCGAAAGAUUCUCGAAUUCCGGAAUAUGCAUUCAGUCAAAUGCCAAAUGGAAGUGUCUCUUCAUCAUCAGUCCAGCAUAUUGAAAAUCCAGGUUUGGAGAUUGAUAACUUCAGGAUAAGCAACAUGUCUAGUCAAGAACAAACAAGUAUUGAUGGUGAUAAUAAUUUAAAUGAUGAGAAAGUGGAGAAUCGGGAUGAAAUUAGACGUCUCAAAUUCUUGCUGCAUCAGAAGGAAUUGGAACUAACCCAGUUGAAAGAGCAGAUUGAGAAGGAAAAGCUGUCUUUAUCUCUCUUGCAAUCUAAAGCUGAAACAGAGAUAAGCAAAGCACAAGAACUUAAUUCUCAAAAAGAGACCGAAUUACAUGCUGCCGAGGAAACCUUAUCUGGACUAAAGGAGGUGGAGAUUGAUUACUCGGGUGAAGGGGAGACUGUGGAGCUAGCUGGUAGCUUUAAUGGCUGGGAUCAUACGAUAGAAAUGGGUUUACAGCCAUCAUCAAGUGACACCCACUCGACUGGAUCCAGGUCAUCUCGACUUUGGCGAGCUGUUUUGUGGCUUUAUCCUGGGGCUUAUGAGAUAAAGUUUAUCGUGGAUGGUCAUUGGAAAAUUGAUCCUCAAAGAGAGUCCAUCAACUGGCAUGGUGCACAUAACAACAUCCUUCGAGUCGACAGAUGA